CGCCGCUGCGCAUGCUCGGCCGGAAGUGCGGGAGCCGCGCGAUGGCGCAGGCCGGGCGCGCCGAGCCGGGGAGCCUGGGCCGGCGGCCCGCGUUCCGGGGACUCCCGCCGUGCGCCUGGGGCCUCGUGCUGCUCUGGCUGACGGCGACUGCGGGCGACCCUGCCCGGCGCCACUGGCCGGUUCCCUACAAACGCUUUUCCUUUCGUCCAGAGCCAGAUCCAUAUUGUCAAGCCAAGUACACCUUCUGUCCAACCGGCUCUGCCAUCCCAGUGAUGAAAGAUGAUGAUGUCAUCGACGUCUUUCGGCUGCAAGCUCCAGUGUGGGAAUUUAAAUACGGAGACCUCCUGGGACAUCUGAAAAUCAUGCACGAUGCCAUCGGAUUCAGGAGUACGCUGACUGGCAAGAACUAUACAAUGGAAUGGUAUGAGCUUUUCCAGCUUGGCAAUUGCACGUUUCCUCACCUCCGACCUGAAAUGAAUGCCCCUUUCUGGUGUAAUCAAGGAGCUGCCUGCUUUUUCGAAGGAAUUGAUGAUCUCCACUGGAAGGAAAAUGGGACGUUAGUUCUAGUAGCGACCAUAUCAGGGGAUAUAUUUAACAAAAUGGCAAAAUGGGUGAGAAAGGACAAUGAAACAGGGAUUUACUACGAGACAUGGACUGUGCAAGCCAGCCCCGAGAGGGGGGCAGAAACGUGGUUUGACUCCUACGACUGUUCCAAAUUUGUGUUAAGGACAUAUGAGAAGUUGGCUGAGCUUGGAGCAAAAUUCAAGAAGAUAGAAACCAACUACACAAGAAUAUUUCUUUACAGUACAGAACCUACUUACUUGGGAAACGAAACAUCUAUUUUUGGGCCAACAGGAAACAAGACUCUUGCUUCAGCCAUAAAAAAAUUUUAUUAUCCCUUCAAACCGCAUUUAUCUAUCAAAGACUUUCUGUUGAAUCUCCUGAAAAUUUUUGAUUCAGUGGUUCUACACAGACAGUUCUACUUGUUUUAUAAUUUUGAAUACUGGUUUUUACCUAUGAAGUUUCCAUUUGUUAGAAUAACAUACGAAGAAAUCCCUUUACCUGACAAAAAACCAAUGCUGCCUGCUUUAUGAAACCUGAAUUCUACUGUUUGCCCUCCCGCCACCAGCAUCUCGUGUCAGCGGCUAGGUUUACAUUUGGUGAUUUCUCAGCCUUUCACCCUGGAGCAGAACUGUGAAAAAGCACACAGCGGCAGAAUUGCUGCACCUAACUUCUCAGGGCUUGACUCUCAAGAGAAAUGGAAAUGCUUCCUCUCCUGGCAGAAGCAAGCAUGCUUUGUGAUCCGGAUUUCAACUCCCAUGCCUUUGCUAAUAUGGAGAAUUGUGCCUUGCAUUAGACAUGUACAGUCUUUGGAGCCAGCAUUUUUAAAGUUGUGGGUAUUGGUGUGCCAAGAUUUCUUAGAUAUCCCCAACAUUUUCAUGGUGGGAACUGUUUUUUGUGGAGUGAUACAACUUUUCAUAUGGUGUGUUCACACUUCGAUUUUUUAAAAAAUGGCUAUGCCAGCUUGCCCCUGUUACAGGUCCAGUAAUCCAGCAUUCCAUUACUUGAACUUGAGCAUGUGCGCUUCCAGAUGUGAAGAAUAGUGUUAAAGAGCAGGAACUCUCAUCCGAACUAGUAGUUAACUGGGUUUUGUGAUUUGAAGCAACUUCUCUCAGCCUGCUUCCUGAUCCUUAAAAUCUGUCAGGAUUGCUGUCAAGAUUGAAGUCAUGAUUGUCUGGCAUCAUAAGGUCACAAUCAGUGGUAGCAACGAUUAAUCAAAAAAAAUUUGUCAUUCCUGAUCUUGCCUAAUGUAGUCUAUGUGCCAGCCCUUCCAGAGUUUUGUAAGUUCCUGACUUUGAGCUGACAAGCAUAGCACAUCAGCAAUUCCACAUACAUCCAGGACAUGGAAGAAUCUGCAGACACGGCUAGGUAAACAGGUACCUUAUGAUCUCCCACUGCUUUCCACAGCUUCCCUACCUCCAGCACAUUUGCAAAAGAUGCUUUUGAUAAGGAGUUCCAAGUAGCUGUGCUUCCCUUACAGCCAUCACAUGAAUUGUGAACAUCCUGUAAGUGUUUGAUGAUCAGCUGCAAGUUUUCCUGCCGGUCGGCGUGAGAUCCUGGAGCAGAAGCCGAGAAGACAGCCAGCGUUUACUGUGAAUAUACCAGUGACACUGUUCAGCUUCAGUUGUUUGCUUCCUGAGAGGCGAUUAUCCCUGAGUCUCCCAGAAUGCCUCAUCACAGUAUUUUCCUGAUCCAAAUGAGUUGCAGCCCAGGAAGGCUAAGCGACUGUUCCCUGGCUCCCCAGCUGGUAGUUUAAUGUAGUUCAUUUUGACUCAGUUUCUGCUAGCUGAAUCAGUUGCACCAUACAGGCAUUACAGUCAAGGUAUAAUCCUCCGUCCACUGACUGUCCACCACGUGGUCCUGUCUGUGAGGAGAUAAGUACGGAGACUGAGAGGCAGGAUUUCAUUUUAAAAGCAAUUUGUUGAAGCCUCUUGUUUCUGCUGAAUCUAAUAAAAUGUGGGCUUGUAUUCCAUAUGCCUUUGUUGUUAUUUGUCUGGGAAUUCAUAAUUAUUGUUCAGGAGUCACCACCAGCUUGAGAAGUGCUGAGCUAUACCAUGCUAAUGCAUGGA